AUGCCUAUCCACGCUCGCACGACUUCAUCAGGCUCUCACGAUGGAAGCGAAUCCAGCUUGACCAGCUUGGCAUCUUCCCGGUCCGAACGCCCUCCUCAGGGCCAUCGUCCGCCACAGACCCCGCCAGGUGGGAACAAGCCUCCUGGUCUGACGUUUUCUCCAUCUGGCUCCUCGAACGCGUCGUCUCCGACCUCCACCAGGAGCUAUGGGCUCUCCACCGAGGUGUACCCCUACGAGGCUUCUGCUCUUUCCAACACCGUCAGGACUAUUCUCGAAAGUAGCGCCGAGUCCGAUAGAGACGACGCCCUGUAUGCUCGCGCCCAACGCCACCUUCAGGUCCUCAACGACCCACUUUACAACCAAUACGACACUCCGCAGUGGGUGCGGCGCCGUGCAUCAUCAGCGAGGGCUGUCUUGUUCCAGGGAUUUACUGUGAGAGGCCUUAUCAAAGCGAUGUACGCCACUGCGGAGGAUCUCGGCCUCGAACGGGGAAAGAGAUACGUCUCAGCCGCCAUCUGUGCUUGCGCAGAUGAUGCCCGCCGGGCUCCAGACAACGUGGAUCGCCUGGAGUUUCUGGCGCAAGGCUUGGAACGUCUCGCAUCAACUUGGGCCGCAUUCAUGCUAUGGCCGUUUUAUGCGCAGCAAGAAAACGCGGAACUGAUUGUCGGCCUCGAUGACAUCUCUGGAAAUGCUACACCCACAGAAACCAACACAGAGUCCAUUAUUGACGACGUUGGCUUGUCCAAAAAUCGGUCGGGAGAACUGCGAGGUGAUGUGGGCAGGCGGGAGGGACAUAGGUCUGUAAUCACCGGAGACAUGGAUGUGUAUUUGUCCACCAGGAACAGGCCCGAAGGUGUGGCCACUGCAUAUCUCGAGGUUGCUCAUAUCUUCAAGCGUGCUCUUGUGGUGUACAACCGCAACACCGCGAAACAAAGGACACGGUCAAUAACAGCUACUCUCGAGAUACUCCAGCACUACUGCCAACUCGAUGAGAAGUACGUCAAGGAUAUAGGACUUCUGGACAGCCCCGUCAAUGCGUUUUUGGUGGAUAGCGGUUCUGUGCACAAGGCGUUCGACGACUUCCUGUGGUGCCUGAAGCCUACAGAGAUUCCGAAUCAAUACGAGUACAAGGAAUACGAUCAUGCCAUAAACCUACGGUAUAACAUGCCGACUGUGGUAGUGUUCAAGGACCACAGCAUCGAGGACGCUGAUACUGCAAUUUCCACGCAAUCAUCCACCGACAAUCCUUCCGAGCCUGGAACGUCGCGAGCUUCUCGCCACAGAAAACGACCCCACGACGCAAUGGGCGUCGAGCUGCCCGAUCCUGAGCUGUUCAGGCUGCAUGCUGCUCUGGCCGGCGUGUUGAACAUGAGUGGCGCGGCCGGUAUUUUCCAGCUGAUCAUGGACCGCCAAAACCCCGGCCAGCCGCCAGUGCCUAGUGCUGACGGCGAGGCGUUCUUCAAAGAGAUAGUGGAAGAUAACGAGCUGGGGGCUUUGAGGCAGUCGAUUGCGGAGAUGUGGUCUACUCCUCCCAAUUAG